AUGUCGAUGCAAUUCCAAACCCAACCCCAAACCCAACCAAGUGACAAGAAAACGACCACCACCAACACCACCACCACCACCACCACCACCACCACACCUCACACGAUACGAAAGGACACUCAAGACGCACCUCAGAGCCGGAAACAGGACUCUGCGACGCAGAACGAUCCCAAGUCUGCACCUAAAUCUGGACCGGGACCUGAAGUGGGCAAUAAACUUAUAGGCCGGCUCGACGCCUAUGAACCCAUCGCCGAAGUCAGUGACGAGACCAGCUCACUCACGGCCCUGAGUGAAGCUGAGGCCUACAACGAGGAUAUGAGCCGCACGCCGUUAGGCACACGCUACAUCCGCGCGGGGGGUGGCAGUACGGCUACGACUACCACCACUACGUCUACCACGACUAGUGCUACCUUUGCCAAGAACCAGAGCCAGAACCCGAACCAGAGCCCGAACCAGUCCCCGUUUACGGAUGAACGUCUGCCGACCACCCCCCUGGCGUACCCCUUCAGCGCCCACUUGCUGGACGACAUGCCGCAGAGGCGCGAACGCGCGCACUCGCACAACAUCAGCUCACAGAGUGAGGAGAAGCGACCGACCCAGCGACGACUCAGCAACGUGCAGAGCUUCAACGCGGGCGUGCGUAUGAUGUCGAUGAACGCGCUGGUGGCCAGUAUGGACGAGAUCAACACGAACGUUAACCUGGCGGAACUCAACGCUAAUGUGCACCACGUGGUAGACGAUGAGAAGACUGAGGGCGAGGACGAAGAGGAGCUGGAGUAUGCACCGCCGCCCGCGCGACUUAGGGGGCCGUCGCUGGCGGAGUUAUCGGAGGUUUUCCGAAGGAAGUCCAUUGCCGAUGUAGGUAGCUCCAUCUCUCAAUUCAACCAGCAACGUUUAGCCGACUCUGCAGUGGCCAAUGAGAUUAUAGAAGAGGACUCUGGCUUGGAUCUUACGGAAGAGCAAGUGUAGGGACGCCAUUAGAUAAUAAAAGCAAAGUCAGGCGAUGCCAUGACGAUGCAGAUGCACGC